AGGCGUUAAAUGUUUUGGCUGCAUUUUCGUUCCAAUUUCUAGCUUUCCACUACAUAAUCCUGUUUGUCCCAUUGAUCGGGAGUUUGGACGCCUGUUAUGCUGCUUUCCUCAACGUCGAUAUUCCCCUCAAGCACACCCGUUGAUCGCUUAGCGAAUAUUUGAACCAUUGUCCGCAUGUGUUUACAUUCUGCACUUGACAACCAGACGUCAGAAACUAGAAGACAGCACUCGUCGUCAUUUGGCAGUUGGCAUCCUCGCAGCUCAGAUUUGAGGUUAGAAUUUUGACAUGGCUGUGGAAGGAAUUUCUCCUGCUCUUGCAAUCCGCUCCGGCACGGGUGUUGAGUUCUGGGCCCUCACGAAUGGGAAGCUGCCCUACGCACCGAACUCGAGCUUACCGCGAGAGGAGAGUAAGAACUGUCGCGCGAUUGUUUUCAGUUCCGAUGGACGAUACGCCGCUUUUGCGAAUGGCAGCGCGGUCAAAAUAAUCGCAACGAGCGAUUGGAAAGUGAUAUGUUCCUUGCCACGGCCUAAGGCCUUUCACCUCAAAUUCUCCCCCAGGGGUAACUUUCUUGUAACUUGGGAGUUGUUCACCAUAACCAAGGACAAGCCUGAAGGAGCCCCGAACCAGUACGUGUACGAAGUAGCGACUGGUGAGGAGGUGUUUUCGCUUAUUCAGAAGAAACAGUCCGAAUGGGAACCAUGCUGGUCGGCGGAUGAGAGCUUGUUUGCAUUAAUGAUUGGCGGUGAGGCACAUUUUUACGAAUUGAAGGGUAAGGAAGGUUUUGCUACAUCCACCAAUAAGCUGGGGAGCGGUCGAAAUGGAGUAUUGUCGAUCGCACCUGGACAAUGUCCUCCACAUCUUGCGUUUUAUGUACCCGGUGCCAAAGGAGCUCCUUCCAUGUGUAAGAUAUAUCGAUAUCCGGCACUGCAACAGAACCAGACAAUUGCAUGCAAAAGCUUUUUCCAAGCCGAUCGUGUGGAAAUGAUGUGGAAUAAACGAGGCACUGGUCUAUUAUUGCUGACAAGUACGGAAGUGGAUCAGACUGGGGCUUCAUAUUACGGCAAACAAGCACUUCAUUUUAUGUCCACGAAAGGAGAUUCAUUUGCAGUUCAAUUAGGAAAGGAGGGACCUAUCCACUCUGUAACUUGGAGUCCAAAGUCAACGGAAUUCGUGGUUGUCUACGGUUAUAUGCCAGCCAAGGCUACACUGUUCAACUUGAAAUGCGAUAUUAUAUUUGACUUUGGAGAAGCUUCGCGUAAUUGCAGCUAUUUUAAUGAUUUUGGAAAUUUGCUUAUCCUGGCUGGCUUCGGCAACCUGCGAGGAUAUGUCGAAGUGUGGGAUAUGAAUAGGAGGAAGCAGAUUUCGUCCAUGCAAGCGCCGGAUUCCACCUUGUUGGAAUGGUGUCCUACCGGUGAAACGUUCGUUACUGCAACGACUGCACCACGACUUCGAAUUGCAAACGGCUUCAAAGUAUGGCACUAUUCUGGGGCAUUACUGCACGAAACCCUUUGGCCGCAGGGGCAAGAGUUACUGGAAGUAAUGUGGCAGAAGUUCGGUGAAGGAGUGUUCAAGGAAAACCCCAUCACAGAUGUGAAGGUCGAAGGAAUCAAGUCGAGCCAACCGGAAGCUAGCAAGCAAGUUUACCAACCUCCUAACGUGCGACUAAUGAAGGAAGGAAGGCUCAGUGGAAACGGUGACGUCGAACAGCAGCCGAUUAUACCAGGAUUGCCACCAGGUUACACAGGCCAAAAGAACACCUCGUCAAAUUCUAAUCGGCAAAAGAAGUCCCGAAAGAAGAAGGAAAACAAGAACUCGGAGGCGGGUUCCAAGCAAGCUGCUCCUAAGGGUGCGAACAGACAACCGCAGCAGCAGAGCCAACAGCAGGAAACAGAUACCAAUGAGCAGGCCAACUCUGCCGGCGACAAUAACAGUAAACAGAUAAAGGAGCAGGCCAAGCCGCAACACCGAAAUGCGCAGAAAAAUCGGAAAAAUAUGCACGUCAGUCUUCCGCCAACUGGUGAUCCUGAAAAAGAUCAGAAAAUGCGCAACAUUGCCAAACGACUGCAAGAUAUCGCAAAAUUGAAAACGAAACAAAGUAAGGGCGAACGUCUCGAGGCAAACCAAAUGGCGAAAAUUGCAACAGAAAACGCUUUAAUAGAAGAAUUGAAUUCACUAAAAUUAGCAUCGUAAAACCGGAAUCGGCCGCGGCAGCAUUUAAGAGCUCCAGCAUUGUUGUUUCGAGUCAAAACAUGAAGUCGUUGAAAUUAUUUGUUUACGCGUCUAUUCUAAAUGUUCAAAAUUGUCAACAACAAUAACGGCAUAAAUAAAUUAAAUUUUCCUUUUUGAUACACUUCUCGAA